CGAGCCUGGGCUUCGGCCCGGCCUCCCGGUCUGUGACCGCCGUGACCCCGCCAGGCGCUGUGCCUUUCGGGCCUUGGUUUUGCGUCUGCACAGUGGGGUUGAGAACCCCGUCUUUCUGUGGUUCCCCGGAAUAACGGGAUGCGUGGACGGCGGGCCUCUACCGAAGUCCUCUGGCCGGGAGCAGAAGGGGCGCCGAGGGGCUGCGCCCACCCCUGUGCUGUCGGGGGGCUCCCGCAGGGAGGCUGUCUUUCUGCUCUGACUGAGGAGGAGCCUGAGACUCAGGCAUUCUGCAGCUUGGCCAAGGUCACACAGGGCCUUGUCAGGACGGAAGUCGGAAGUCGGAUCCCAGCCCAACCUGGCGGCCUCUGGGUUCUCACUGCCCCUGCCGGAAAGCAAGUCUGGAGUUGGGGUUCCAGUCAGAGCUCUCAGAUCCCCACAGGGAGUCUUGUCAUCUGCCCUCCUCCUCCUCACCCAUCUGCCAGGCAAGUCGCAGGAGCUCAAAUCUACAUUUGGAGGAAACGCUCCCUAAAGCCUGUUUCAGACUCUCACCUCCCCGGCCCCUGCCUGCAGUGUCCAGGAGUCCCCAGCCCGGAGGUGAAGUGGCCUGACCCCCACCAGGGGCUGCCCCUCCGCCGUUGUCUCCCAGCAUGGGGGGGCGUCCACCCCCAGGGAAGGGUGGUGGCUGUGCUGGCCCUGGAUGCCCGGCAGCCCCAGGAGAGGGCUGAGGGGACAGCCAGGCGUUGGAGUCACCCCAGAAGAGCUGUUUCUAUCUCCAACAGAGCAUUGCCCAGCUCACAGAAGCACAAGCCCCUCUGUCACCAGAACACAGUCCACGAGCCACACCGAGGGGUGGGGUGAUCCCCUCACCACGUGGAGCCCGGAGGGGUUGUGGACUCAGCUGGGCCAAGAGUGCCAUGGCCCUGAGGCAUCAACCUCUGUAUCUCAGAUUCUUCAUCUGUAAAAGGGGAAGGCUCCUGGCCAGGUGUGGCGGUGCAGUCCAAUGACCCC